AUGGAUUUCGACCAUAACGAGAGACCUAAUUCCACGCUCUACCAGCAAUUAAUGGCUCUGCAACCUCUAUAUCCUACUGCUAGUUUAAGGGAACUGAUUUCUUUUGCUGAUGAUCUGUUUCCUAAUGCUUCGGAGGCUGACUUGAUCAGCUUGCAGGAGGAAGGACUAAUGGGGCAAGACGAUGGUUAUAGUACUGGUAAUCUUAUGAUAAGUAGUGGGUUGCGAGAAGAUAACAUAAUCCAGCAACUAAAGAUCAGAAGAAGAAGUCGUCAUCAAGAAGAGGUUGCAGAUGAUGAUGAAGGCUUUGCAGAAAUCUGUGUGGUUUGCCAGGGUGAAUACGAAGAUGAGGAGAUGCUGGGAGCACUGGGAUGUGGACACGAGUAUCAUGUUGACUGUAUAAGAAGAUGGUUAUUGCAGAGAAAUUUUUGCCCUGUUUGCAAACGCAAAGCUAUUCAAGAACCGGACCCUCAAUUUGAAAGCAUCUCUUUAGAUAAGUAG